GAUUCAUUUUAAACGCGAAUAAACACAUUCGCUGUUUGUUCUCCGGUACCGGGUUGAACCUCGACGUCUUAGCUAACGGAUCCGGUGCUGUGUCGCAGUUUCAGCCGUUAGCUUGUUAGCACGACGCAGUUUAACGUUAACGUUAAUGUUAAUGUUAGAAAGUGAAAAUACAACCGACACAGAGAGAGCACCGACGUUACCGGACACUUUACCGGACACUUUACCGGACACUUUACCGGACACUUUACCGGAAACCCCUCUGUGUGUGUGUGUGUGAGCUAAUGCUAACGUUAGCUGCUGCUAGCUGCUGUAGUUUGAGUUGAUAAUCAGGAUCACUUGCAGCCGUCAGGAUGCAGAGCACCACCAACUACCUGUGGCUGAUCUCAGACCUGCUGGGUCAGGGAGCCACGGCCAACGUUUACCGCGGCAGACACAAGAAAACUGGGGACCUGUACGCAGUCAAAGUGUUUAACAACCUGAGUUUCUUGAGGCCGCUCGACGUCCAGAUGAGAGAGUUCGAGGUUCUGAAGAAACUUAACCACAAGAACAUCGUCAAACUCUUCGCUGUGGAGGAAGAGUCUAACACCCGUCACAAGGUCCUGGUGAUGGAGUAUUGUCCCUGUGGAAGUCUCUACACUGUUUUAGAGGAGUCGUCCAACGCUUACGGACUUCCUGAGGACGAGUUCCUCAUAGUUCUUCACGAUGUCGUGGCAGGUAUGAACCACCUGAGAGAGUACGGCAUUGUUCACCGGGACAUCAAACCAGGAAACAUCAUGCGUGUGAUCGGAGAGGACGGACGCUCCGUCUACAAACUCACAGACUUCGGAGCCGCCAGAGAGCUCGAGGACGACGAGCAGUUCGUGUCUCUGUACGGCACCGAGGAAUACCUGCACCCCGACAUGUACGAGCGAGCUGUGCUGAGAAAAGACCACCAGAAGAAAUACGGAGCCACGGUGGACCUGUGGAGCAUCGGGGUCACGUUCUACCAUGCGGCCACCGGCAGCCUCCCGUUCAGGCCGUUCGAGGGGCCGCGCAGGAACAAAGAAGUAAUGUAUAAAAUCAUCACAGAGAAGCCCUCCGGGACGAUCUCCGGCCACCAGAAGUGUGAGAACGGGAAGAUCGAGUGGAGUACGGAGAUGCCGGUGUCCUGCAGUCUGUCCAAGGGUCUUCAGAGCCUCCUGACUCCGGUCCUCGCCAACAUCCUGGAGGCCGACCAGGAGAAGUGUUGGGGCUUCGACCAGUUCUUCGCCGAGACCAACGACAUCCUGCACCGAACGGUCGUCUAUGUGUUCAGUCUGCAGCAGGCAACGCUGCACCACGUCUACAUCCACGAAUACAACACGGCGGCCCUGUUCCAGGAGCUGCUGUCCCGCAGGACCAGCAUCCCGCAGCACAACCAGGAGCUACUGUACGAGGGCCGCCACCUGGUCCUCGACCCCAACCGCCAGGCCAAGAUCUUCCCCAAAACCUCCAGAGACAAUCCCAUCAUGCUCGUCAGCCGCGAGUCCGUCGCCACCGUCGGACUCAUCUUUGAAGACCCCAGUCCUCCUAAAGUUCAGCCUCGCUACGAUCUGGAUCUGGAUGCCAGCUACGCAAAGACUUUUGCAGGUGACGUCGGACAUUUAUGGAAAACUUCUGAGUCUCUGCUGGUUUAUCAGGAACUGGUUCGGAAAGGAGUUCGAGGUUUAAUAGAGCUGAUGAAGGAGGACUACAGUGAGAUCCUCCACAAGAAGUCAGAGGUUUUCCACCUGUGUAACUACUGCACGCAGAUACUGGAGAAGACAGAGCAGCUGACCUCCGUUCUCCUCAGGUUUGAGGUAUUGAUGCAGGCCAACAUGAUGUCAUCAGAGUACGACGAGAUCUCAGACAUGCACAAGAAAGUUGUCAGAAUCUCCAGCUCGCUGGAGCCCAUCGAACGAACAACACAAGACAUCAAGAGUAAAUUCCUCCCUGGAGGUCUGCUGACCGACGGCUGGACACAACAAGUGGGGACGCACCCCGAGGACAGGAAUGUGGAGAAAAUCAAAGUGCUGCUGGACGCCAUCACAGCCAUCUACCAACAGUUCAAGAAGGACAAAGCAGAGAGACGUCUUCCGUACAACGAAGAACAGAUCCAUAAAUUUGACAAACAGAAGUUGGUCCUUCAUGCCAGUAAAGCUCGUUCUCUGUUCACUGAGGAAUGUGCCAUGAAAUACAGACUCUUCAUCUCCAAGAGUGAAGAGUGGAUGAGGAAGGUUCAUCACGUGAGGAAGCAGCAGCUCGGUCUGUCGGCUCAGCUGAUCAGCAUAGAGAAGGAGGUCACCAUGCUGAUGGAGAGAGCCAUCAAGCUGCAGGAACAGCUGCCUCAGAAGGUUCUUCCUCUGGUGUCCAGUGGGAUGAAGCCUCAAGCCUACCUGAGCCAGAACACCUUGGUGGAGAUGACCCUGGGGAUGAAGAAGCUGAAGGAGGAGAUGGAGGGAGUCGUCAAGGAGCUGGCAGAGAACAACCACUUCUUAGAGAGGUUCGGGACUCUGACUCUGGACGGAGGUCUGAGGGGUUGAAGGACAUCUGCGGCCUGUAAAUAUUCAGUGUUUAUCCUGUAAAUAACGAGACAGUAACACGAAGCUCGCAGUGAAACGCUCCGGAAGUCAUUAAUGAACCUGUAAUUGACCUGACAACACAUAUAGGGUUCAUUAAGGUUUAAUUAAGGUUUAAUUAGGGGUUAAUUAGGGGUAUUUCAGGGAUUAUAAUGAUUGAACUGUGAUGAACGAAUGUCUGUAAUCGGUUUCCUGCAUGAAUUCAAACGUAUCCGGGAGGUAAAAACCCUUAAAGUCAAAUAUUUUUAUUUGGUUUUAACUCGUUAAUUAAAGACUGUUAACGAGUCUAACGUUUAUUUAUUAUACUCAGGCCGAUCAGUAAUCAAUGGGCUUUGUUUCCUGUUUCAUGUCGUCAUAUAUUCUCAGACAGAAAUACCUCCCUCCUCCUCCUCAUCUUCAUCUUUUACUCUUCACAUUUUUGUUUUUAUUGUCAAUAAACAACGUUCAGAAUGUUUGUUUGAAAAACGUGUAAAUAAAGAAAAUAAAGAAAAUAUCUUUAAA